AGCAAAAGAAAGGCCACAGACACAGAAGAAGAAGACGAACAGUCGGAGAAGAAGUACAGAAAAUGUGAGAAGGCAGGCUGCUCCGCCGUGUACCCCGUCUGCUUUGCAAGUGCAUCAGAAAGGUGUGCAAAAAACGGUUACACGUCUCGCUGGUAUCACCUGUCGUGCGGCGAGCACUUUUGCAAUGAGUGCUUUGACCACUACUACAGAAGUCACAAAGACGGCUAUGAGACCUUUGCCUCCUGGAAGAAGGACAUCCAGCUCACCGCCUCACUGGCAGCAACGUAUCGCUGCGGGAUGAAGCUCGGCAACGUCAAGAGAGUGUCCGAGGUGACGGACAGCUGGUGGCAUUCGAUGCUGAUUCUGCCACCGCUGCUGAAGGAGAGCCCGGCCAGCCCCUUCCUGGCCGCCUACUACCCGGACUGCGUGGGGAUGAGUCCAUCUGGCUCGCCCGGCAGCGUGUCGCUGGCUGAGCUGAGGGCGGAUCCCUGCAGAGCCGCCCUGUGCGUGCGGCCGGACAUGAUGGAGCUGGACGAGCUUUACGAGUUCCCAGAGUUUUCCCGCGACCCCACCAUGUACCUGGCCCUGCGUAACCUGAUCCUGGCACAGGAAGAGGUGCUGACGGCUCAGAGGUGUGCGCAGCACAUCGUGGUUCGGGGGCUGGUGCGUGUGCGCUGCGUGCAGGAGCUAGACCGGGUGCUCCGCUUCAUGACCAAGAAGGGGCUCAUCAACACCGGCGUGCUGGCUGUGGAGCGGCCGCUGCUGUCGGAGGCAUGCUGUGCUAUGAGCCUGCCACGCCCCCGUUUCCCCCUCACUUUCCCCAUUUCCCCCUCAUACACGCCCCCCGUUUCCCCCUCACACACUCCCCCGUUUCCCCUUCACACACUCCCUGUUUCCCCCUCACACAUACCCCUGUUCCCCACCUCAUUUCCCCCUCAUACACACACACACACCCUGUUCCCCCCCCCAUCCUUCUCACCCGUCACGUCUACUCGUCCUGUGCAGAGGAAGGCCGUCGUGGUCGUGGGCGCCGGUGCGUCGGGACUAGCUGCGGCACGCCAGCUGCACAACUUCGGCUUCCAGAUUGUCAACGGAUGCGUCAACAACCCGAUCGCCCUGAUGUGUGAGCAGAUGGGCCUGAAAAUGCACAAGCUGGGGGAGCGCUGUGACCUCUUCCAGGAGGGCGGGCAGGUGGCCGACCCAGCCAUCGACAAACGCAUGGACUUCCACUUCAACGCCAUCCUGGAUGUGGUGUCCGAAUGGAGGAAGGACAAGUCUCAAAGCCAGGACAGGCCGCUGGGAGAAAAGGUUCAGGAAGUAAAGAAGAACUUUCUGCAGGAGUCUGGGAUCCAGUUCAGUGCGCUGGAGGAGAAAGUCCUUCAAUUUCAUCUCAGUAAUCUGGAGUACGCCUGUGGCAGCACCCUGGACCAGGUUUCGGCCCGGUCCUGGGACCACAACGAGUUCUUUGCCCAGUUCUCGGGAGACCACACCCUGCUGACCAGGGGCUACUCGGUUCUUCUCAACAAACUGGCCGAGGGCCUGGAGAUCCACAGGAACUGUCCGUUUAUCUUGAUUCACGCGUCCACAGCACUGGUCAGUCAUCAACCACAUGGAGAGUAA